CACCGGGCCGACCUGUCCGGCAGCGCACUGCAAGUGCAACUGCCCGGCCCCCGAGCUGGUCAGGAACCUCAUCCUCGUCGGCGCGCUCGUGGCGCUGGUGGCCGGCGCGGCCGGGCUUCUGGUUGGGCUCACCGUCGGCAGCGGUGUGUCCUUGGUGCGGCCCCGGCGGGCCACGCCCGCGGCUCCUGCACCGGCUCCGGCGGUGGCGCCCGUGAUCACGGUCUUGACGGACAGCUCGGGACCUGUCACGCCGGCCUCGCGCCGGAAUGCCAUCGCUUGCCGGUGGGUGCGCCUCACGCCCGACCUGGGCAUGCAGAUCCACGAUCUCAACGAGCAGCGGCACAAGAUCCUCGGACGCCGGGCGCAACUCGACGAGUUCAAGCGCCAGGCUCGGGCGCAGGCGGCCAUCCUCGGCGACGUGGAGUUCGAGGACGCCGAGGAGGUCAAGCGGUUGGUGCAUGAGGCGGGGAGCGACCAUUUUGGCAAAGAGGUCCCUGCCGAGGUGCUGGAGGAUGAUCAGAGGUCCGUCCCCCUCGGGUCGCUGGGCAUCGUCGACUGGCUCGGCGAGAAGCGGUUCGUGGAGCGGGUCGCGGCCGACAAGGUCGACGAGUGCAGGCAGCAGCGCGAGGAGUCGGAGAGCCACUCCAGGAUCCUGGGCGUCCACCGCAAGCACGGGAAGCGCAACCUCGCGCUGCACGACGCGGCGCAGCUCUUCACGGAGGACAAGUUCGAUGACUGGCCGUUCCCGCCGCCGCGCGCGGCGUUGGAGUGCCUCGAGUCGAUCCGCGACGGGCCGGGCUCGAUGGUGGUUUACGAGAGCGAGUGGAGGCAGGACAGCGGCGUCGGCGACGGCACCGCGGCCCUCCACGAACACUGGAACAACACGGAGGUCCAGAUCGAGAUGGCGGUGGAGCGGAACGCGAAGCACCCUGACUACGGCGGCCUUGACACGGUGCUCGGCGGCCCGACGACCGAGAGCGGCGCCGCCUCCAGCAAGUCCUUCCGCGACUGGGUCUACAAGAAGCAGGGCGGGCGCGCGCAGACGCUCAAGCAGGCCCGGCUCUUGCGCGAGGAGCGGGCCCAGGAGGAGAAGCGACCCCGCGGCGGCAAGGGAGAUGGCGAUGAUCCGAGAGUUUUGAUCAUGGAGGUGCCGCUGUCCGACGGCGACUCCGAGCACAGCGGCGUCACGGGGAACUCUUUCCCCUCCCGGCGCCUUCCUCUUCUUCGCCAGCUUCUCCCGGCGCCCCCCGAUACGUUCGGCAGCGACGGCUUGAACAGCGGCGUAAGCAUCGGCGAGAGUGCGAAGCGGUUAGCCCUCGCGGAGCUCACGGCGUCCAGGGACCUGUACUCGCAGGAGCCGAAGAAUCUCGCCGAGUACGACAUCGACAAGCUCAAGAUCUGCCGCUCGGGCACCGUGGCCAAGGACGCAAAGUCGCUCUUGCCGCCCGACGCGGCCGGCCCCAUCAGACACUAUGCCCACUGCGUCGAGCGGGACUCGGAGCAGAUACUGGAGUUGCAGGCCGCGCGGGACUUCCCGCGGCCGCACUGGGAUCCCACGCUCGCUCGGGAUCAAGAUGGGCUUCUUCUUCUCAUCGAUCGGCUUCGACAGGCGAACCUCAUCAGCUUCCGCCGUGAGCUCAAAGCCAAGAUCGGGAUCUUCUUCGUCAAGAAAAAGGACCCCGCCUGGAUCAGGCUCAUCAUCGACGCGAGGCAGGCCAACCGCUGCCAUCGCGCGCCGCCCAAGACGAAGUUGGGCUCCGUCGGCGGGUUCUGCGAGCUCGACCUGUCGGACUCCGCCCUCCACGACCUCGGCGGCUUCGGGCCCGUGGCCGAGAUCUGGGGCGGUACCAGCGACGUCGACGACUGCUUCUACCAGAUGCUGGUCGAGGAGCUCGGGUCGUGGUUCGGGAUCGACAUGCCUAAGACCGCGGGCGAGUGGGGCGUCUCCAGCGUCUACGACGACGACUUCGGGCGCCACGCCCCCAUCGACUCGUCCGACACCCUCUACCCCGUCUUCCACGGCAUGGCGAUGGGGUGGUCCUGGGCGCUUCACCUGGCCAACGAGGCCGUCACCUUCCUGGCCAGCAAGAGCGCGGUCUGCCCUCGGUCGCUCGUGCGCGAGCGCACGCCUGCCCCGGCCCUCCGCGUCGGGCAGGCCGUCUCCGGCGUCUACGUGGACAACUUUACGACCAUCGCCGGGGGCAAGGUCGACGCCGAGGACUCGAUCGAGCGGUUCAGGCGCGCGGCGGCGGAGGCCGGCAUCGGCACGCACGUCGAUGGCGACGUCGGGGUGGUCUUCGAGAGCCUGGGGGUCGUCUUCGAUGGCAAGCAGCGGCGCCUGCGGCAUCUGCCCCGCCGCGCGUGGCGCGUUUAUCUGGCCACGCGGGCUUUACGGCGGCGCCGCUGGGUCCACGGGAACGUCCUGGAGGUCUGGAUGGGCCACGUGGUCAACCUGUUCGGCCUGCUGCAGCCUGGGCUGUCCUGCUUCCAGCAGAUCUACCCGUUCGUGGCCAACGCACGGGGGCGGCGAGUUCGCCUCACCGACGCCAUCAAGAACGAGAUGCGCCUUGUCCAGGGCCUGCUGUUCCUCUGCGAGUACGACCUGGGCGCGGACUUCAGCCACGAGCUGCGGGACCUCACCCGCUACCGCGAGAGAUGGAGGUUCAAGCUGGUGGAGACCCUCUCUGAGGUCGCCCUGGUCCGGCCCGAGUGGGCCGAGUACGUUGGAGGUCGCUUGCGGCCUGGAAGUGGAGCCGAUCUGCCCGACGGUGCCUACGCCGACGUUGCCGUGCGAGGGUCUCGACCCUGUGCCAUCGGCCCGCGGACGCAGCACGGGCGCCUCCUGGACGAGGAGCGCCACCGCCGGCUGGCCGACAAGGCCGGCCGAGUCGGGCGACGGGCUCGUGAGCCCCGCCCUCGGCCGCGCCACGAGGAGGUCGAGGUGCCGAGUGCCAUCCCGCCGGUCGACCAGUGCUGGGACACGCCGCGUCGCUGGACCCAUCUGCGAGUCGGGCGCUGGAAGUGGACCAAGGAGCACAUCAAUAUCAAGGAGGGCCGAGCCUCCUUGUUCGGCCUGCGGAGGGCGACGCGCACCCGCCACAGACACGCCAAGCGGGUCGCGUCGCUGGGCGACAACCUCGCGUCCAUCUGUGUUUUCGAGAAGGGCCGCGCGAAGUCGCGGGCUCUUAAUUCGCUGGCGAGACGGGCGGCCGGCUACCAGAUCGCCGCUCGGAUUCGCCGGCACUCUCGGCACGUUGAGAGCAAGCGAAAUGCCGCAGACGCCGGCUCGCGUCUGCACCAGUCUGGACCCCUCCGAGCCGCCGUCCCGGGCAAGGAGACCGUGGCGCUCGAGCUCUUUGCCGGCGAGGCUGGCUUCACCUGGGCCCUUCGGCCCCGCGGUCUGCGGGUCGGGCCGCCCUGCGAACUGCUGCGAGGCGCGAAGUUCGACCUCACCAGAAAAAGCACUCAGAACCUCAUCAAGUCCUGGAUCCUUGCGGGCCUCAUCUGGUGCAUUCAUCUGGGGAUCCCAUGCACGGCCUGGUCUAUUGCGAGGAGGGGAGUUGUUGAUCUGGCAAAGGCUUACGCCAAGGAGGCAGUCGCUGUGGAGCUGGCCCUCUUCACUGCUGAGGUAUGCACGCUGGCUUCCCGUUGCGGGGUCCUCUGGAGCCUGGGGAACCCCGCGUCAUCGGGGCUUUGGGAGUUCGGGCCCAUCGUGGACCUCAUGGGGCCCCCCGAGGUCUUCAAGGUCACCUUCCACAUGUGCCAGUAUGAGGUCUCCCACAAGAAGCCCACCACUAUCCUUACCAACACGUUGGCCCUGCGCGGGCUCGAGGCGAGGGCGGACGACGCCAAUUCAAAGACCUUGAACGCGCAGAAGGAUACAGCGCCGAAGAUAGAUUGCGCUUCGGGCGCCAUCCUCCGGCCUGGGCCUCGUCGGCAGAAGGCACAGCGGAGGAAGAUGGUGGCUGCUAGGUCCACGGCCCCCGCGGAUCGCUUAUUGCAGGAGAGCACCGCGGGCGAGAAGUCCAAGGACAUCCACCGACGCGCGCUCGGUCGCUUCUUCAGCUGGGCUGAGGAGCGCAGCCUCUCGACCAAGCCCAACGAGCUCGCGUCCACCAUGAAUCAGUACUUCUGCUUUAAGUUCCAGGAGGGGUACGGGUCCGGCUUGGGCCGCUCCGUCUUCUUCGGGCACCUUUUGCUGCACUCCACGAACUACAAGCUCGAGAGGGACCGGCUCGGCGACGUCGAGAGGGCGCUCGCCGGCUGGGCCAAGCGGGCGCGCGAGAUCGUGAAGGACCCCGCGCCCCAGGAGGUGCUGCUGGACAUGGGCGUCUGGAUGCUCGAUCACGGACGGGGCGAGAGCGCCUCGUGCAUGGCCCUGCAGUUGGACGACUACGCCAGACCCUCCGAGAGCGUGGACCUCGUGCUUGGCAACGUGCUGAAGACGGUCGUCGGAGUUCGCGGGGCCCCGCCCCGCGACUGGGGCAUUGUCUUCGUCCCGGCGGAGCUCGGCUUCGUCAUCAAGACGGGCCAGGUCGACGACUCCGCGGCGCUGGGCAGCCCUUCGCGCAUUUGGGCCCCACAGGUGGCAGAGGCUCUCGUGACGCGGGCCUCUGGCGGCACGCGUCGCUCGCGACGCGGUCAGCAGGCCAGUCCCACGACCCGCCUCUUCGACACUCUCACCUUGGCACAGUACGAACGGGACGUCAAGGACGCCGCCAAGGCGCUCGGCUACGAGAAGCUCAACAUCACGCCGCACACGGUGCGGCACACGGCCCCCUCGCACGACAUCUACCACAAGCACCGGUCCUUGGAGCAGGUGCGACGCCGCGGCCGCUGGGCCGCCAAGAAGAGCGUCACCCGCUACGAGCGCCACGCCAAACUCUUGAAACAGUACAGCAAGUUGACGGCCGUGCAGAUCGCCAGGAUGAGUAAGUCGGUCCGCUGGUUCCCAGCUGCU